CUGUGUGGGAUGAUGACUCACAAACCGAGAGCUGAUGACUACAAAUAUUUUGUGCACGCACCCACGCUCCCAAGCACUCCGCGGCGCGCACUCCCUCCACGUGCACUUUCUCACACAGCGGGCAUCAAAGCCUUUACGUCAAGCCAGACAGGAAGGAGAAAGCAAAUCUGAUGGCACGAUAGCCGGGUCCUCACGUCCAACCGAAACAAAUGCAUACCCGCUUCUCUCGCCCAUGGACGCGCUAUCCUGUUUCACACGGAUUUCGUGUGUGUGCACCGAGGCAGAGCUGAUCUUAUGGCAGACACCAGCACGCCUUGUACCAUCGCCCAUCUGAUCCACUGUGAGAGAAAAUCAGUCGACGAGAGUUAAGUGAGAUGAAAAGCCAACAACGACCAUCACUGCUCGCCUUGUCGGCACUCCUGCUCUGCACAUUACACCAGACAGAUGCUGGGUCAAGCAGAACUCAUCGCAGCAGCUCAGCAUCAUCAACAUCAACAACAUCCCCAUCAGAGGUGAGAGGCAGGAUUCAUUCGGGGACGCCCCAAAACUGGCUGAAACAGACUAACGUCACUUCAAACUAUGGCAAUCACAGCCUCGAAAGUAGGCCGUCACCAAAGCUAAAAGAGGUAUCAGGCCAAGUGAAUAGCUUCUCUUACAACACCAGCAGAGGCAAUAUUUCUACUGUGAUAUCCGAGAGGUCGAGGGCACCGAGCUGGAGCCCAGAGGAAGGGGUGUCACCGCUGUGUGCCUACCGAGUGAUCGAGGGAGGCAUCGGGGGGCAGCUGUGUUUUCGACACACGCUGCCUGCUGGGUACAAGUGUCGCAAGGGAGACUGCAGGACAGCGGUGUCUUUUGGGAAUCUGGUGGCAAAUAUUCUUAUCAAUGGCAGCGUACUGUUACAGUGGACCCAUGAGGGAGAAUCCACGAUGGCCAGCCGAGAUGUAAAGACAAAAGAGACUGCGGCUGGUCAGAGGAGCAGUGAGGAUCCUGGGACGAAUUUAACAAGGGAGCACACUCUGAGCUCAAACACUGUUUUCGGUGGCCGACGCCACAGAAGGGGAGGCUACGAGUUGAGCUGCUGGUGGAAUGGAAGCUAUACUCAGUUUGAGUGUGCUGGUGUCCAUCUUGGAUCUGGCUGCAGGGACUUUCUCCUGACCGAGCUGCACGAGAACAUCCCCUACCGAAUCUGCCUGCGCUCCCUGGCCCACUCUGAUCCCGCUCAGAGAGCAGACCAGCGGGACUGUGUCGAGUUUACCCUGCCACCGUCUGGGAUGCAGGAUAUUGUGAUUGCCAUGACAACGGUGGGGGGAGCUAUUUGCGUGAUGCUGGUCAUCAUUUGUUUGCUGGUGGCAUAUAUCACAGAAAACAUUAUGAGCCCCACGACGCAGCACUCAUACUCCUACCGCACUCACUCGCAUCACUGACUGAAUACAAGAUGCUAAAUAAAUAAAAUGGCCUACAUUUAACAGCCAUGAUGACCAUGUCUAAUCCUUAGAUCACUCAUUGUCAAAUAGUUAUUUUUCAAUCAGCCACAUAAUAUGAUAUACACGUCCUGUUAUGACUGAAUUGAAGCCCAAUCUACUGUGGCUCUGCAAAUAACAUGCCUUGUGAACCUCUGCGAGGAUGCACUGAACCAAAAGUACUGAUAAUCUACAUUUAUUAUUAUACAGUAGUUUACUGUGCUAUGUUUUUGUUCAAGGUUGUCUGUGAUUGAGUUUGUCAGUCUGUAUGCUGGCAGCAACUAUACAGCAAUACAAUCAGAUCGGAAACAGCAGUUUUUUUGUUGUUGUUGUUUUGUUUUUUUGCCAAAUGUGCAGCCAGUGAAAGUGUCCAGUCAG